GAACAUUGAAUACUGCAAUGGAGGGUGUUAUAUACGGUCUGGACCCUCCGUCAGUUGAACUCGGGCCUCGGAGUGAGUAUUCAACCAAGUUGUCCUUCACGCAUCGUCUUAUCCACCAUCCAAGUCCAAUAACCAAUCAACAUGUGCCUGAUCGGUCUCUUGCUACCCGUCAACCAUAGGGAAAAGCCACGGAAACACAGAUCCAGGUACUCCUGCCACAAAUGCUCGGAGCACUCAUACCGGGAGAAGGAUGAGACGAAGAUUUCCGAGCAUCGCCAUGGAGAGAGAUCUCACCGGCGGGGGGAGAAGGAGAUGAAGGGUUCUGGGCGUCAAUACCGAGAGAGAUCGCACCGGCUUGUAAAAGAUGAGACGAGUGAUCUAGAGCGUCCACAACGCGAGAGAUCCCACCGGCGAGAAGAGGGCGAGACCAGGAACUCGGAGCGUUCAUAUCGAGAGAGACGCUCCCUGCGAGAGAAGGACGAGACGAGGGCUUCGGCAGUGGUAGCUGAAGAAGCUCUGGCACGGCUGUGCCUGACGCUCGAGCAAAGCCUGCUGGAAGAGCAGCGAAGAUGGAGAUACCAAGACCGACUGGAUCGGCUGGAGAGACAGCGCCUGGGACUUGAGGGCGAGCCGACACGGUCCGAAGCAGCUCCCCCGUACAGUCUGAGGGACGAGAAUCCGCGCCCACCAACAGCUGAGCCUCAGUAUGAGACCGGUAUGUCCGGUAGCCCAGGGCGUUGCAACAGAGAGUCGGCCAUCUGCUGUCGUAGCUGCGUUUGCACUCGAUGCGGUUCCGCCAACCUGAAGUGCCCGACUGUCCCCGAGCUUGACGAUACUCAGGCCAGUUCACUCUUUGAGAUUGGUGCGGAGCCGCCGAGACGACGGAUUGGGACUGUUGGCCGCCCUAUUUCGGCUUGAGGACACGCGACGGGAGUGGUAACAUUGGUG